CGGAAUUCGUCAUCGUCCGGGUCUGAGCCGUUUCCUACUUCCGCAAACAGAGGGCUGCGAGCUUCCCCGUUUAUCGGCAGAUCAAUGCGGCGGCGGACUUCUGCUUCUCAUUUCCUGGCUCUCUUUAACAUUUCCGACACCUCUGACAUUUAUGAGUGAUUGAUCGGCGUCAUGACGGCCAACAGCCGCUGCUCCGCCGCGGAGUCCCCGGGCCUGGAGACCCAGCGACGUGAGAUCGAGUCUCUUCUACGGGAGUGCGAGCUCCGCGCUGGGGAGAGCUGGUAUGUGGUAGAUCGCCGCUGGUUUGACCAAUGGAAGGAGUUUGUGGAGACUGGAGAUCAGAACUCGACGUCUUUCCCGGGUCAGAUCGACAACGCGGAGCUGUUCGAGGAUCUGGACUCGUACCACCUGAAGGAUCGUCUGGUGGAGGACGAGGACUUUGUGCUGGUGCCGGCAGAGGCGUGGCACAAGCUGCUGUCUUGGUACGGCAUGGUGGACGAUCAGCCGCCGCUAGAACGCAAGGUGGUGGACCUGCCCAGCACUCUGAAGGUGGAGGUUUACCCCAUCGAGAUCUUCCUCUGCCUCCACAGCAACAUGGAGAACGCCGUCACCACAAAGUUCAGCCGAACCGACAGCAUACACUUGAUCCAGAGGGCGAUGUGUCAGGCCUUCUCGGUACCUCCGGGCUCAGAGUGCCGCCUGUGGAUGAAGAGUUCGGACAGCAGCUGCGAGCGUCUUAGGAACGUGCACAUGAGCGUGCUGGACGCCUGCUUGAGCUCGGGGAUGACGGUGAUCAUGGAGACGAGGAAUGCAGAUGGCACCUGGCCGAGCUCCAGGCCUCAGAUCAUGAGGAACUCUGUGGAGGAGCAGGACUCGUACAGAGGGCAGCCGGGCGUCUGUGGCCUCACCAACCUGGGCAACACCUGCUUCAUGAACUCAGCGUUACAGUGUCUGAGUAACACCCCGCCCCUGACGGAGUACUUCCUGCAGAACUCCUAUGUGGAUGAGCUGAACUUCACCAACCCUCUGGGAAUGAAGGGAGAGAUCGCCGAGGCCUACGCCGACGUCAUCAAGCAGAUGUGGUCAGGGAGGCAUUACUCUGUGGUGCCGCGCGUCUUCAAGACGAAGGUGGGCCACUUUGCUUCUCAGUUUCUGGGCUACCAGCAGCACGACAGUCAGGAGCUGCUGUCCUUCCUGCUGGACGGGCUGCACGAAGACCUGAACAGAGUCAAAAACAAAGAGUACAUCGAGCUGCGGGACGCCGAUGGGCGUCAGGACCAGGAAGUGGCGGAGGAGGCGUGGCGUAACCACCUUCGGCGGAACGACUCUGUGAUCGUCGACACUUUUCACGGCCUCUUCAAGUCCACGCUGGUCUGUCCAGAGUGCCACAAGGUUUCUGUGACCUUUGACCCAUUCUGCUACCUGAGCGUCCCGCUUCCUGUCAGCAAGGAGCGUGUCAUGGAGGUGUUCUUCGUCUCCCUGGACCCGUACGCCAAACCUGUCCAGCAUCGUGUUGUGGUUCCUAAAGCAGGAAAAGUGUCCGACCUCUGCUCAGCUCUGUCAGAGAUGACCAGCGUGCCGCCCACUCAGAUGGUGGUCGCUGAUGUCUUCAAUCAUCGUUUCUACAAGAUCUACAACAUGGGCGAAAGUCUGAGCGCCAUUCUCGACCGAGACGACAUCUUUGUGUACGAGCUGAGCGUGCUGGAGGAGCAGCCUGAGGAGCAGGUGCUGCUGGCGCUCUACCUGAGAGAGCGCUCGCACUACAGAGACUACGGCUCGGGCGGCGGCUCGUACGGCACGUCGCUAUUCGGACACCCGCUGCUGCUCAACGUGCCGCGCAGCAGCUGCAGCCAGGAGGCGCUCUACAACCUGUUCCUGCAGAGACUGGCGCGCUACGUGCGACUGCCUGAUCCGUCUGAGGAGUUGGAGGAAGAGGAGGAAGAUGAUGAAGAGGAGCUGUACAAGACUCAGACCAACGGCAUCAGUGAUGAUGACGAGCAGGAGGAAGUGGAGCCUGCUGGCCCGUCCCAGACAGAUUACUCCUGCGGUGACGCGACCCCCAACAGGAAAUCAGACGGCAACACAACAGAGCCACAGGCUGAGGAGAACCACAUUCAGCCUUUACCGGACCACGGAGACCCCGGUGAGAACAGUAACGGCUCCCAGAGCCAGACGGAGCCCGGCUGCAGCGGAGACACCAACAGCGCCGAUGACAUGGACCCCGGCGAGCAGUCGAGCGGUCCCGCAGGAGCCGACCGCAGCUCAAAACCUCCAGCGGAGCAGCCUCAUGAGCCAACAGAGGAAGAAAAUGAAGAAGACAAGCAGGAGGAGGCUUGCUCUCCCAGCCCGCCAGCCAAUGAGCAUCCGGCUAAGAGGAGGGCGUGUCACGUUAGGAGGAAGCGUCUGUUCAGCAUCCAGGCGGUCAACUCCAACGGGACGACCGAGAGGGGGAUGGGAGAGGGAGGAAGCGCCGUGUCCUUCAGCUCUCAGCCCUACGUGGCCAUCGACUGGGAGCCCGACAUGAAGAAGAGAUUCUACAACGAGAACGAGGCUGAGAAGUACGUGAAGCAUGCCAGCAUGGAGGUCCCUCAGCAGCACAUGACUGUUCAGCUGCAGCAGUGCAUCGAGCUGUUCACCACUGUGGAGACGCUGGAGGAGGAGAACCCAUGGUACUGUCCGGUGUGUAAGAAGCACCAGCUGGCCACAAAGAAGCUGGAUCUCUGGUCUCUGCCAGAGGUUCUCAUCAUCCACCUCAAGAGGUUCUCCUACACCAAGUUCACCAGAGAGAAGCUUGACAGCAUUGUGGAGUUCCCCCUCAGAGACCUCGACUUUUCCGGCUUCCUCCUGAGGAAGACUCUCUCCAGUGAGGAGCCUCCGAGCCGCUAUGACCUCAUCGCCGUGUCCAAUCACUACGGAGGACUCAGAGAUGGACAUUACACCACCUAUGCGAAGAACAAGGACAACGGUCAGUGGUAUUACUUUGACGACAGUAAAGUGACCUACGCCACAGAGGACCAGAUCGUGACCAACGCUGCCUACGUUUUGUUCUACCAGCGACAGGACAAGAUCAGAAAACCCACACUGCCCGCCCCCAACACAGGCCCCACCUCCUCCAGCCAGACGUCCAGUGACACUGCUUCCUGCAAAGACGACGAGGAUGCCGCAGAGCUGGGCGCCGCCUCCAGCAUCACUAUGGAAACAGAAUGAUUGAGUAAUUUGGUUUUCUCAGAGCAGCCUUUUCUUUGGUUUUCGUCUUUAUUCUUUUAGAAUUCUCAGUCUAUUUAUUUUUUUAAUUUUAUGGUGACGACACUUGAACUUCCUCUAACGACGUCUCUUCAUUCCAAGUUUCCAAAAGCAGGAAAAAGCACAUCAGCAGGCGGAGCUCGCAGCUCCUCCUCUGCUCCUCCUCCUUCACCGUGAACUCUCGACACUCAGGUAGUUUGGUGCACAAAGACUGAAGGUGACGUUUGCUGGAGGGCGGAGCUUAAACUCACACCUGAAUACAGAAAAGCAGUCUGCUUCCUGCUUCAGGGAGGAACUGAACUCUGGCAUUUAAGCUCUGACUGUUCACAUUUAUAAGUUCAUCUCCUCUUGACUCAGUUUUUGUAAUCUGACAUUCAAACGUUUGAAAAGCUGUUUAAUUAAAAUCAUUUGAAUUUUUCUGGAUGUCUGAUGCUCGUCCAGGUUGGGAAGACCAAACUCCAGAUUAGCGCGCAUUCGGGAGACUCUUUGGCCAAUCAGCAGCAGUUCUGCAGUCAGCUGACUUUUUCUUUUCCUUAAACUGUAUAUAAAAGACAGACAGUCUCAUUAUAAUCACGAGCGAGGCUUGAGCAGCGUUUAGUGAGGCCACAGAAAGUCGCCCCCUGGUGGUCGUUAGAGGGCCGAUUUAAAAUACCAGCAUUAGUUUCACUUUCACACAUUGUUUUAUUUCUGCGGUCAUGCCAACGUCUGCGAGAUUUACCACUAACAGAGGUCAGAGGUCACCGCACACUUUCACCUGCACUGAGGUCAUUCCAGUUCAUGUUUUUUCCCUCUUUCCCUCAACAAACACGAUGCCGACGGGCACCGGCGAACGUGCCCACCAGCAUUCGUUUAUCUGGGGUAAACCUCGCAGACACUCAUGCGUCAGCUGACUGAAGAGGCCGCGCUGAGUGCAGACGAGUUCACGUUCACAUUGUUGCAUUUUCCACAUUCAAAGUUUUUACAAUUAUUCAAGCUGAGCGAGUUCGAAAAGCCAGUUUCUCGUAGCAAAUGUUUGAGGCAGAAAUGAAAUAAAAGUUUUUAAAGUCAUCUUCCUAAGACACGUUUAGGAAAUGAGCACAGAGAUGGUUUCAGUUAAAGCCUUAAUUCGCGAGCAGCUCAAACCUGCGACGACCUUUUGUAUUUGCUGUAAAGUGUUCGUAGAUGCACUGAUUACAGCUUUGAUCCGAGUCUAAAACAGGCCAGUCUUUUCUUAAGUUGUUGAUUUCACAGCGAGUUCAUGCUGAAUCUGAUUUAACAGAACUAACGAUGAUCAGACUGACUUUAUGAUAUUAAUGCAGUGAUUUUUUUUUAUUGUAAGCGCCUGUAAAAACGCCAUCCUCUGAACUAAAGGACUGAAGUUUGUUUUUCCCUCCGAGUUUCGAUUCGUCCUGAAGCGCAAACAUUUGUUGAUCCGACAUCGUUUAAAAAUCCAGCUCUGAACUGCAGCUCAACGUCGACCUACGACAGAUAAAACUAUUAAAUACUAAUCCAUAAAGCACAGUUUCACUUCCUUAUUUCUUCUUUCUAAACAGGCACGCCUCAGUCGCUCGCUGAAGGGGGUUGUGGGUAAUCAGAGGAUCAAACAAAGCUGUCAGGGAUGAGAAAUGAAUUUUUCUCUGUAUAUUUUGGUCGUUUUGUUUCGGGUAUUUAUUGUUUUAAUGGAAUAAUUGCAGCUGUCACAUGACUACGGUGGUGUGGGACAUUUUUCGUAUUUAUACGCAAACCUUUGAUUCAGGCUGAAAACACAGGACGGGUGUGCGCGUGCAGAGGCGGGCGCAGAGCGAGCUGCUCACUGAUUUUUAAACCAGCGCUGUGUACAGUAUUUUUGUAUUGUAAGUAAUGUAAGAUUAAUAUGAUCAUUCCUGGGUGGAGCAGCAGGGAGGCUUGGGGUGAUUUCUUUCUUUGGUCUUCCUGUCAAAUAUCAGAUGAGAAUAUUUUAUUGUACUUCAAUCUUUUGAUAUGAAUAAAACACGAUUAUUACCAGACAUCCAGUUUUUCUGUA